AGUUUUUUGUUUAUCAUUUCAAUACCACAGCAGCACAGAUCCUCCAAGAAUCCUCCCAAGUAGUCUCAGUUGAUAAAGAAUCCAAGGGCGGCGAUUGCAUGACCUAGACCCUGAGCCGCCGUAUCAAAAAUUACAGUAGAAAUGGUUAAGGCAUCAUCUGUUAUUCAUUUGAUCUUCAUAUCAACUAUUUUGACUGCCUUCAUUUUUUUAAGCUCAUCGGCUUCAACGCCGUAUGAAUCCGAUGACGAAGCUGAACUCGAAGCCGCAGCAGCCGCCGCCACCCAGUUCGUCAAGGAGACCAUUGGUUCUCAUACCAUCGUUAUCUUCUCCAAAUCUUACUGCCCAUAUUGUAGAAGGGCUAAGGCUGUUUUCAAGGAGUUGGAGCAAGUACCAUAUGUUGUUGAGCUUGAUGAGAGAGAUGACGGUUGGAAAAUUCAGAAUGCUGUGAGCAAAAUUGUUGGAAGACGCACCGUCCCACAAGUUUUCAUUAAUGGAAAGCAUAUUGGAGGUUCUGAUGAUACCGUCGAAGCAUAUGAAAGUGGAGAAUUGGCUAAACUAUUGGGAAUUACUACAAGUCAGAGGGACGAUCUCUGAGCAAAAGGUUUUGCAGCUUGAAUAACUGUUGCGACGAGCAGAAAACUGAAUGUGUCUAGAUAAGAUAAAUUCCCUUGCAGACUGGGCAGUUGAUAAACAGCAACAUUAUCUAUAGAGGCUGCAGUGUAUCCCUGCUUCAUGAUUGCCUGUCUGUUUCAACCAAUACUAGAAAAAUAGAAAUGCAUGAACUUUUUCUUUUGAUGAUACUGAUCAUUAUAUUGGGCAAAAUUUCCUUCAAAUACACUACUGAUGGUUGCUAAUUUUGUUACUUCUACUUUCCUCGCACUACCUAGUUCAUCAAUGACAAAAACAUGUUCACUACAA